AUGCCUAAUUCUUCUCAUGUUAGGUUGUUUUUUCUUUCAGGUUUAAUUGAAACAAUGAACCUUAGAGUUGCUCUCUUCUCUGUCACUUUACUGUGUUACUGUUUUAUUAUGCUAGUUAAUGUUGCUGUUAUUGUGACCAUUAUCUUGGAUAAGAACAUGCAUGAACCAAUGUAUAUUCUAUUGUGCACUUUGUGCAUAAAUGGACUUUAUGGGACAACAGGUUUCUACCCAAAGUUUCUGUGGGAUCUGCUGUCUCCUGUUCAUGUAAUCUCUUAUUCUGGAUGCUUCUUUCAGGGUUUUGUAAUUCUCUCAUUUGUCUGCAGUGAUUUGUCUAUUCUUGCAGUUAUGUCCUAUGACAGAUAUGUGGCUAUAUGUCGACCCCUGGUGUACCACUCUGUCAUGUCAAAGAAGAGACUUCUAAUGUUAGUAUAUAAUUCCUGGUUGACACCAUUUUGUGUUGCGGGAACAAAUAUGAUCCUUACAUUUAAAAUAAAUUUAUGCAACACAUAUAUUGCCAGACUUUUUUGUGUGAAUUGGGUUAUUAUGAAACUUGCUUGUUUUCCAGCUGAUAUUGUUGUUAACAAUAUAAUUGGUAACGUUACAACUAUAAUUUACGUAUUUCAUGGUUUUGUAAUAGUUUGGUCCUACUUGUACGUCAUUAAAACAUGUGUGAAUUCUUUAGAAAACCGGGAAAAGUUCAUGCAGACAUGUGUGCCACAUUUAACCUCCUUGCUACUUUUUGUUGUGACAGUACUUUUAGAUAUCAUGCAUACACGGUAUGGUUCAACAAACUUACCUCAAGCACUGAACAACUUUAUUGCAAUAGAAUAUCUGGUCAUUCCUCCAAUAAUGAAUCCUCUAAUUUAUGGUUUUAAAUUGACCAAAAUUAGGAAUAAAAUCCUAGGUAGAAUUUUUCAUAUAAUGAAACUAGUUAAAUCCUAA